UUUUAUUUUGCAUUAUGAUUCAGGGAGCAAAUAUUGCAGAGAUGUUAUUCAAUGAUGGUUCGGGACAGAUAUUGAGAUAUAUCAAAGAUUAGUCUGUGUGUUACUGACCAAAAACGUUACGGAGUUGUUAUUUUUUAUUUAUAAUGUUCUAUUCCUUACGGAUAUGUGGGGCGACUGUGUCUCCCCUAACUGUGCCCAGGUGUUUAUAAACGUUUGCAAAUAAGGGAGCGAAUUUAAUCCCCAUGACUAAACAUAACUUAUGUUUAUGUAUUACAACCGCCAUUAUGAUUGAUAUGUGAACGGAGAACUGGUAGUAUUGUUAUUUAUUCUUUACAUAUAAAAUUAACUUUAAUUCCUGCACAAUAUUAAAUCGACAGAUAUAUGACUUACGUGAUACUUGACACCUGUAUAGUCAUGGGUUUAAAAGCCCUAUCUAUCAAGACCUGGUUUGUGGCGCUUUGUGGUGCUACGCUGGUACCCAUCCUAGUGCAUAGUGUAAUUUGGGAUUAUGAUUGCCUGCCAACAGAUUGUUCACAAGGUAAAAGGAAUUAUCCUGGAGAUGAGGAAUUUGUAUGCAGAAUAGGGAAUCAAAACGAAUGUAAAAUAGCACAGAAUAUUAAUCACCCAAGGACAUCAAAAGUCAAUCCAAAUAUAGCCAAACUCGGCCAUGUUGGGUUGUACGCUCGGAGGCACGAUCAAUACCAAGGGACAUAUCCGGCUUUAAAUAUAUCUGUGGUGUUACCGAAUAGUGACGAGCGUGCAUUAAACGUUGCUAUGAUAAUGGUCAACUUUUCGAGCCAAUCAGGAGCACACAAGGAUGAGUUUUAUCAUAACAAUCCAAGAUGUCGUCUGUUUGAUUUUUCUCCAAGUAGAUUAACGAAGGUAGAUUUACAGCAUCCAAGGGAGAUAUCGUAUCCAUGUCUGGUUGGAUUAAGUACAGAUUUCCCGAAACAUUAUACUAUAAAACUGAGCGACGUUCCAUUUGCAACGGUUACCAACUAUUAUAUUACGACUUACAGCUACGUACACAGGGAAACCUGUAUAACAGCGUCCGCCAUCUCUGUUUUACAACCGACCAACAAUAUUCACGUCGUUUUUGACGGUUUAUCAGGGGGUGUUCACACGGUCCGACUUUAUUAUACAAAAAACGGUAGCGUUAUUCAGUCGUUCAACAUAGCCGAUAAUCAACAUGAAUUCACGGUCCAUGAGCCAGGAGAAUAUCGAGUAGGGAUCGAACCUUUCCCAUUUCAGACAACAUGUCGGGAAUUAUUAACUAAUCUGAUUUUCUGUCCAGCCAACCAGAAGAUGGAAAAUGUUGCCAUUGGUAUUACUGAAAAGCGUUCAGAUAUAUUAGCAGUUGCAUUACUCUUGGGUCUCGCUAUUUCUAUAGUUAUAAUUUACGCUAUUUCAUGUAGCAUUACACUUCAUCGUGGUCGAAAAAGAGCUGUAAAGUCUUCCAACUAUAUACCACUGACAACAUUCAACACCAGCGUUAACCCCGUCUAUCUUAAUUCUCACCAAGACCAAGAAAACACUAGGGUUAAAACUGUUGAUUCUGAUUCUUGGAGUGACAGUGACAGGGCACAGGGAAAUGAUAUCGACGUGGCGAAUAUGGAGCAUUUUAGUGACACAUCGAGUGGUGACCAUCUUACUUCUUAUCCAGGCAACAACAUUAUGGAAACUUUCGUGUGAAAAUCUACGGGUGACAGUGACAGGGCACAAGGAAAUGAUAUCGACGUAGCGAAUAUGGAUGAAAGCGUCGAGUGAAAAUCUAGGGUUGACGGUGACAGGGUUGAAAGUGUCGAGUGGAAAUCUAGGGGUGACGGUGGCGGGGCACAAGGAAAUGAUAUCGACGUAGCGAAUAUGGAUGAUUUUAGUGAAAUAUCGAGUGAUGGCUUUCUUUAUUCUUAUCAAGGCAAUUAACACUAGGGUUACAGCUGUUGUGUGAGAUUCUCGGAGUGAUCGCAGCGGAGAACAAGGAUAUGAUAUCUUCGUAGCGAAUAUGGAGGAAUUUAGUGACAUAUCUAGUAAUAAUAUAUUUGAUGUAACCAGUGGACAUGUUGAAUUCGUUUUUUACAAUUUCUAAAAUCAGCGAAUUUCUCCACGAGAAGUGAUGCCUAGUAUUCUAGAAAGAGUACAUGCCGUCUCGUGCCUUCUAGGAUUUCAAGGGUCAGACAUCAUAGGCUUUAAAGACGCCAGAGCCAAAGUGCCUUGGUUUUCAGACGUCACGGCCAUUUGAGUUUCACAACCCGAAGCUACCUGGCUUUUAGAAGUCAAAGGCACUUGGAUUUCAGAAGAAACAUUUACCUGAUCUUCAGAAGCCAAAGCUACCUGGAUUUCAGAAGUGUAGAGUUGUUUUACACAGGCAAAACCUGUUCCCCAAUCCCAUUCAGACAUCCUGAUUAAAAAUAUUGUUUAAAUGAACAAUGUGUAUCGGUAAAUGAACAAUGUGUAUCGGUAAAUGAACAAUGUGUAUCGGUAAAUGAACAACGUUUCUAGCUAAAUGAAUUAUGCGUAGAGAUAAAUGAACUAUCCAUACAGGUAAAUUGACUAUGCGUAGAGAUAUAUGAACUAUCCGUACAGGUGAAUUGACUAUGUGUAGAAGUAAAUGAACAAUGUGUAGAUAUAAAUGAACUAAGUGUAGAUGUAAGUGAACUAUGUGGAGAGGUAAAUGAACUAUGCGUAGAGGUAAAUGAAUUAUGUGUAGAGGUAAAUUGACUAUGUGUAGAUGAAAAUGAACAGUGUCGAGGUAAAUGAACUAUUGGAGAGGUAAAUGAACUAUGGGUAGAGGUAAAUAGACUAUGUGUAGAUGUAAAUAUUGUACAGACUUACUAUUACAUACAUAAUAAUUAUUUUGAGAUACUA